AUGUGGUCUCACCGGAGCUCGAAGGAGGAUUGCCGCGUAGCGAAGACUGUUGAAUUGUGUGAACAAGUCCUCGGCUCACCGUCCUGCGAACUCGAUAUUGUGACUGACAUCCUCAAAGCAGGUAUCCAUACUUCACGAAAUAGGGCAAAAUACGCCUUGGAUCUUGUUGCCGUGCUCGAUAAAAAUCAUUCCGAUACCUUCUGGUAUAACGACGCUCAGCCGGACUGUUGCGACAAACUUGAUGUGGGCUUAGGCCCUGGUGAGAUUGCGCUGACGUGGCUACAGGGUCACGUAAAGCAGAGUUCAUGUGGAUCACAUAAAACUGUCGUAACGGGCUGA